AUGGCCGGCAUUUUGACUAGCGAAGAAAGGGCCGAACGAGCCGCAGCUCGACAAUAUCUUGAGCGACCAUGGCGCAACCUCGACUUCUGCGUCUACCGCUUCGUUCCCCCAACCGAUAAACGUGGACUUCCCUACCCAGAAAUAACAAUAAAUGGUCAAGCUCGAGGACUCGCUGCCGAUAAAGUCUGGGUCGGAGAUUUCGCUCCUCAUUGGGGAGAAUUUCUUCUCGAUCUAGGCGAACCGGUUUAUGAUAUUCAAAAUCAUCAACCCUUAGUAACACGACUCGAAGGAUUCGGACUCGAUCAAGGACGUGUCAAAUAUAGAAAUCUACAACAAUUACCCUUUCCCUGGGGAAUCGAUGGCUCGCUGCCCGUUCAAAUAUGGGCCAAUGAACAAUUUCGGGAUAAUCAUCGCUUACCAUUCAAUCCAAGAGGAAUGAGUCGUCUAGAUCUCCAAUGGGAAGCCCGACGACGCGGUCUUCCCACCAAAGGAAAACGCUCCGAAAUAAUUCAACGAAUCAACCGUCUCGAAUUAAAAAAAGGAAUCCAAGCCCCUGACUUCUAUCAACGCGAAGCGCAGCUGCGUCUCGAUUCCGUCCAACUCCCUCUCUUUCGCGUUCUCGAACCCCAGGAACCAGUAAAAUCGACACCCCAAACUCCCUUAAAACAACCUCCUUUCGACACGGGCGAAAUCGUGCUCGUCUACGGUCACUUCACCGGCGACGAGACCGUUUGUCUCGUGCGCGACUACGAAGGAAAUCGCGGACGCAUCAGUAUUGAUUUUCUCGAAGAAAUCCAAAUGCCGUUCGGACUCAAGUUGAACCGACGCGAAUUAGUCGAGGUGCUUGAGAGAUUGGGCUGGGCGGAUGAAGUGGACAAGACGCCUGAGCCGGAGGAGGGCACCGAUGAGUGGAAGGCAUUGGCGGCGAAGAGACGUGUGGAAAUGGAAAAGGCGGGGGCGACGCAAAUGUGGCAGGAUUAUGAUACGAGGUGGAAGGAGGGGAUGAAGAGAAAGAAGAGGGCUGAGGAUGCGAAGAAGGCGGAGAGAGAAGCGAAGAAGGCAAAAUUGGCAGCUGCGGCGAAAGCAGCGGGGGCGAAGUGA